CAUUCGUUUUUUUUUUUUUGGGUCAAGAGGAUUUAAACAAAACGAAAAUAUAUAAAGUACCAAAAAUGGUAAACAAAAGCCAGCCGAACUACAAACCCUAACCAAAGGCUUGAUUAAUACCGACAUGGCAAGAGACAGUUGCUUGGCUCGCGUCACCGCUGGGGUUGCCGUCGGAGGCGCUCUUGGCGGCGCCGUUGGUGCUGUAUAUGGGACUUAUGAGGCCAUUAGAUAUAAGGUUCCAGGACUUCUGAAGAUUCGAUACAUCGGGCAAACCACUCUCGGUAGUGCAGCUAUUUUUGGUCUUUUCUUGGGUGCUGGGAGUUUGAUUCAUUGUGGGAAGUCAUACUAAGCAUUCUUUGGUUGUUUCCAAACUUUGAGAUUGUAUUCUCAUGAUGCUGCUAGCUUUGAUAGAAGGUGUAUAAAAUUUGUUAGCCUUGGUUUUGUUUUUGAGUUUCUGUCUAUCUUGCCUUAGGGUGAGUGAAAAUUUGAACGUAUAUGACUUCAAUGUGACAUACAUUGUGUUUGCUUUCCCUUUUCGUUUCUCUCAUCAAAGCAAAACAUGCACAGGAAAUGCUCUUUCU